AUGGAGUCGCGUUACUCGUUGCGGAACGAGAGCCUCACCGAGGGGCUUGUGCUGGCCUCUUCUGCGAGCAAACACGACGCGCUGUUUCCGCAGCGGCGGUACGGCGCCUCCAAGGCGCACCCGCAGAUCAAGAUUGAGCCAAGCUGCCUCGUCUUCCCCCCGCCGCACUUUGGGCGUUGUAUCCAGAAUGCCAUCUCCAUCUACAACGUGUCGAAGCAGCCGUGCGUGUUCAAGAUGCGCAGCCAAAACCCCGAGCGGUACGUGGCGAAGCCGCAUGUCGCCAUUGUGGCACCGGAGUCUGCAACGCGCAGCUUCGUGACGCUCCGCGACAUGAACACGCUGGGAAUGAAGAAUUUGCCCGAGGGAACGCAAGACCGCUUCCGCUUCUCGCUGAAGCUCUACAACCCCACGACGGUGGACCCGUCGCUCUCGCCGAAGGACUUGUGGAACCUGCUGACGGAGCGCGGGGACAAGGUGGAUCAUGAGCAGGACCUGAUUGCAUAUUUCACAAAGAGAGACACGCCCGUGGGCGGCCUCGUCACUUUCUUCCCACCCACGUAUAUCCCUGUCAUCCCGCCAGCCGUGCCCAAGGCGGCGCCGCCCCCCAACUCGGCGACAGCGCCGACAUCGGCACACACUAGCAGCAGCACCGCCACGCGCGUCCUCAACAGGGACGGGAGCACUGUAGCGCAGAGGAAGAAGGCAGCCGGCGCGGCCGGCGGCGGCGCUACGUCCCAUUUUCUUGCUGCUUCCGAUGCGGUGAAGGAGUGGGCGAAGGCUGCCGCUACGAUGCGCGGCCUCUGGCUUGGCGUGUUCGCGGCGGCUCUAAUCAUGCUUUCUGUAGCCGUUGUGACGAGUCGCAUGUGGGGCGCCGGUGACGCUGCAGCCGGUCGGAUGCAGGCCACGGCAGCCUCCGGUUGCCCCGCUCCGCAGGCGCAUGCGAUGCAAGCGGGUAGGGCCGAUUACACGGUACCUGCUGCGCCACCGCCGAAUCAUGCGGAGCCGGUGACGCACUAUGAUGUGCCUGCGGCUAAGCCCGUGCAGACGCAGCAGCAUCCGCAACAUCACGGGGAGCAUCCGAACAUCCAUCCCAAGGCUGCCUCACCCAUAGUCGGUCCACCCUAUGCGUAUCACAAGGCGCCACCCGCGCAAGAGGAGGUGCAUCAUAACCGUCAUGAGCAUUGGCGGCAUCUGGAGGCGCCUGUGGAGCCCGCGGUGGCGGGGCCGGUUCACGGCACGCAAGCUGAACAGGCCGCUCCUCAGGAGCAGCAGUGGCAAGAACGAACCUUGGACUAUGCACAGCAGCAGCGGGAAUCCCACUCCGAGCAGAAUCGCUACCAAGAAGGACCCUAUGCUCGACCGUAG